CUUUGAGCAUGAGUUUCUUUUUAAAAAUGAAAUAGUUGAGAAUGAAUUAGAACAGCCAAGUUAGAAAUGAUGUAUUUUCAUUAUAAAUAGACGAGUACCGAGCUGAAGGAAAUGAAAACUUGUUAACGUAAAAUAUUUUAAAGAGAUUUACUCAUAACUGUUUCAAAACGUGUUAAACUACAAUGAGAGCUCAUUACUAUUACCACAAUUUCGUAGUUCUUCUACUUGUUUUUUCUAUAACUCUGUUGGUGCUGUUGUGGAAACAGCUGACAAGGAAAAACAGAAAUGGGAGAUUACCACCAGGUCCGAGAAGGAUCCCUUUAAUUGGAAACUUGCACCAGCUUGGUGGUGGCUCACCACAUGUAUCACUUAAGAGGCUUUCAGAUGAAUACGGACCUCUGAUGUUUCUUAAACUCGGCUCCAUUCCAACUUUGGUUGUCUCAUCACGGGAUAUGGCGAAAGAGAUCCUCAAAACACAUGAUCUUGUGCUUACAAACAGACCCAUGUUUUAUGCUCCCACGAAGAUCUCUUAUGGUGGUUCUGAUAUUGCUUUUGCUCGCUAUGGUGAACACUGGAGAGAAGUAAAAAAGAUAGCAGUUUUGGAACUUUUAAGUGCCAAGCGGGUUCUGUCGUACCGAGCUGUGAGGGAAAAGGAAACUUCAUUGGUAAUCGAUUUCGUGCGUACAUCUGCUUCAUCUUCGGUUCCUAUUAAUCUCAGUGAGAUUUUUCUUUGUCUUAUAAGCAACGUAGUUUGCCAAGUUGCUUUUGGUAUGAAGUUCGAAGCUGAGAAAGGUUAUGAGGCUGGACUUAGUAAUUUAUACAUGAUGCUCUUAGAAACACAGAACUUGCUUGCUGGAUUCAAUACUGGAGACUUGUUCCCAUGGAUGAGUUGGAUUCACAAGUUUGAUGGAUUAGAGACAAGAUUAGAGAAGAACUUUAGGCAGGCUGACAAAUUUUAUGAACAAGUGUUUAAUGAACACGUAAAUAGAAAUAAAUCAUCCAAAACUGGCGUAGAGGACUUUGUUGAUGUCCUGCUUCGAACUCAAACAGAUCCUAGCUACAACAUCAGCCUCACUAAAGAUCAUAUUAAAGGGAUUCUUAUGGACAUCUUUGUUGCUGGGUCUGAUCCGGCUGCUGCGACACUUGUUUGGUCUAUGACAGAACUCAUUAAGAACUCAACAGUUAUGAAAAUAGCACGGGAAGAGGUUCGAACUAAAAUUGGGACUAAAAAGAUGGUAGAAGAAAGUGAUCUUCAUAAACUAAGUUACACCAAGUUAGUGAUCAAGGAGGCAUUGAGACUUCAUCCUCCUGCACCAUUACUACUUCGGGAAACUAACGAGGCCUGUACUAUCAAUGGUUACGAAAUUCCAGUCAAGACAAAGGUUAUCAUCAACGGAAAUGCAGUUUCAACGGACCCAAAAUAUUGGGAAAACCCAGAAGAAUUCCAACCUGAAAGAUUCUUAAAUAAUAUUUCUGACUUUAAAGGUCAAGACUUCGAAAUGCUACCGUUCGGGGGUGGAAGAAGAGGCUGCCCCGGUAUGAAUUUUGCAGCGGUCCUCGUUGAACUUGUCCUGGCGAAUUUCCUGCAUUGUUUUGACUGGAAACUGCCUUGUGGGAUGAAAGCAGAGGACAUUCAUAUGAAAGAAGCUUCUGGACUUACAAUGCAUAAGAAGGUUCCUCUCUGCCUUCUAGCUAGUAUCCGUAAAUGACGAACACAAUGCUCUUACCGAAAACCUACUAUUGUUCUUUCUUUUUUUUGUUUUUUUUUUCCUCGCAGUUUUCAUGUUGUUAAUGUAGAAUGGGUGAUAAACAGAUAUAGAUCUGUUUUUUUCAGGGUUACAACCAUAGGCCCGUUUUUAUGAAAAUUACAAAUCUAAGCCGAUUUUGAUCGUUUUAUUGAAAAAA